GAAGAAGAGGAAGAAGCAGGGGCAGAACACGAAGAAGAAGCGCUUCCUUCGGCUUCUGCCCGGUAGUGGAAGAAAGAGCCACCACGCAGAUGCAUAACUUAUGGAUACUUUUAUCUAAUACUUAUCGUAUUUACUAAGCAACGUGUGCCGUUUGCCACCAGCUGCACUGAUUCGGACAUAUCAUGGCAGUAUUCCAGUUACUUCCGCAUCCAUAAAGUCGCUGACCCUGAAGACUCACAUCCGUAAACUUGAUUGGCUGCCGCUCGUCUCGAGCAAACACUCUCUCCUCUGUGAUUGGACGGCUCACCACGUGUUGUGAGUGAACGAACGCCGGGAUACGUAAAGAGGACACAAGCGGCUCAGUAAUACUCCCCGGUCGGUGAAUAAUGAUGGAGAAGAGGGUCUGAGCUGUACUCAAACAUUUGGGAUACCCUAUAUAUGGAUUCAUGUUGAAGAUUUCCUUUCCUAAGCUGAGUAGAGCAGUGGAGCGUGUGAGGAGACUGACAGCUCACCUCUGCAAAUCAACCAUGUCCACAAACCACCAGGUCUCCAGUCCGUCCUCUGCAGCCAAUGGGGUGGCUCCCACUGCAGCCAUCCUCAUCAUUGGAGAUGAGAUACUCAAGGGCCACACAGUGGACACCAACAGCAGCUUUCUGACAAGAGCACUUAGGAGGCUUGGAGUGUCUGUGCAGCGCAUCACAGUCAUACCAGAUAUACAGGAGGUCAUCGCCAAGGAGGUGGCGCUCCUCUCUCCUCAGUAUACGCACCUCAUCACGUCGGGGGGGAUAGGCCCCACGCACGACGACCUCACCUUUGAGAGCGUUGCCAUGGCGUUCCAAGAAGAGGUUUACCCCCACCCAGAGCUCACACAGGUGAUUGAAAAGUUCUUUGGGGCAAAGGACAAAAACAGCGCUGCGAUGAAGAUGGCAAUGGUGCCUCGCUCGGCCAAACUCAACUACGGAACUGAUCCACAGACCGGGCAACGGCUCCUCUAUCCGCUGGUCAGCGUGCGCAAUGUAUAUAUCUUUCCUGGGAGCCCAACUUUCAUGGAGAGGGCCUUUGCCGGACUGGAGCAACUCUUCGCUGGAUCAGGGACCACUUUUCACACUCUAAAUUCACAGUCAUUUGUCUUUUGUCUUCCCACAGGCACAGCGCUGGGCGAGAAAGUUAUGUCUUCUCUAAAAACAAUAGAAACUGCACUGGAUCAGUAUCCGACAGAAGAAGUCUGUGUCGGCUUCAACGGAGGGAAGGACUGCACGGCGCUGCUGCAUCUCUGCUAUGCUGCACUGAAACGGCGGAAUCCAGAUGCAAAAGACAAACUGAAAGCUCUGUAUAUUCGUAUUGGCUCUCCGUUCCCAGAAAUGGAGCAGUUUCUCCAGGACACAAUAAAAAGAUACGACCUGGAGCUGAUCACCGUGGAGGGCAGCAUUCGACAGGCCCUGAACGAGUUGCAGGAAAAGAGGCCAGAGCUGAAAGCCGUCCUGAUGGGGACCAGGAGGAGUGACCCCUACUCGCACACGUUGACGCCGAUGUGCCCCACUGAUCCUGGCUGGCCAGAGUACAUGAGAGUCAACCCAUUACUAGACUGGACGUAUCACGACAUCUGGACGUUCCUGAGGACGUUAUACCUGCCCUACUGUACACUCUAUGAUAAAGGGUACACUUCGCUCAGCAGUAUGGACAACACCUGUCGAAACAAGGCCCUGCAGGUGGUGGAUGAGAGGGGCGUGACGCGCUACAAGCCGGCCUACCUCCUGGAGAAUGAAGAAGAGGAGCGCAACUUCCGUGCCUGAUGUUUCCCACUUCUACUGCGUCACCUGUCGCUCGUGGAGCUGUCUGUCUGGCCGCGUCUCACUCCUCCUAGCUUACGGGUAGUUUAGUCCUCUUGUGAGCGUUUGCGGAAGAUGUCCGACAUCAGAGUUAGGCGGCAGGGAAAGUGCGUGCGUGUGUAGAAAGUGUGUUACGGCACUUGUUCGUUUAUGUGACUCUGAAGUAAAGGCUUUCUGUGCUGCUGAAUAAAA